AUGGACAUCGAUGAUCUCUACUGGCUACAUGGCGCCCAUGGCUACACCAUCCUAAGAUUCGAUCCAUCAGGCAACACGCAUACUCUACUCUAUCGACGCAUCACAGAUGUCGAGAAGCUAGAAUCAGGCGACCUGGACAGGUUCGAAAAGAUUGCCUUUGGAGAGAGCGUCGAAAUAGCGCCUUCAUCAGACUCUGACCUGGCGUUCGCCCGAGCCUCACUCUGGUUGCGGAACUGCGUGGAAAGACACCCCGGCUGUCGGCCUGGCAACCCCGAUUUCGCCCCCCGCCGACUCUUGAGCAUUCAGAGCCCUUCGGCUGACCAAGUCACUCUCGUUGAGUCCUCCAGGAUCGGUCCCCUGCGGUAUGCGGCAUUGAGCUAUUGCUGGGGCCCCGACACGAGUGGCGUUAGGACGACGGUGACGUCGAACAUGUCAUCCCACGCUCGCGGCAUCCAUGUGUCAGAGUUGCCGCAGACAGUCCAAGACACCAUCAAAGUCUGCAUCAAGCUGCAAGUCAAGUAUCUCUGGGUCGACGCACUGUGUAUCAUCCAAGACGACGGCGCCGACUGGAACGUCGAAUCCGCAAGGAUGAUGGACAUCUACGCGAACUCCUUCUUCACCAUCACCGCGAGAGAACCGAGCUCGUGCAAGAUUGGGUUUCUCGGGCGGCAGCAGCUGGGAAGCACGGAAUGGCAGAGACCCAUCUGCGCCCGCGUGCCGCCCGGCCUGGGUCCUUCUGGAGACCGCUUCUUCGUCAGGGACGGCGAGGUCGAGCAGUUCCAGGUCUUCUCCCUGGACUCCCGCGGCUGGUGUCUGCAGGAGAACAUCCUCCCGCAACGGAGACUGGUCUUUGACGGCCGGGAAAUGGCGUGGCACUGCCGCGAGAGAAACAUGUGCGAGUGCGGCCAUCUCGACGAGGACGUCGAUGUCGGCGAUGAACCGCUGAUGUCGGGCUCGAUUGACGGACCGACAAACCUCCUGGAAGUCUCUCAGCUCCACCGGGAAUGGAUGAAGCUCGUCGAGCUAUAUUCGCGACGCUUCCUGACGAGAUCCAGCGACAAGCUGGUCGCCUUGUCAGGCUUGGCGAGAUUGUUCCAGCAGAAGCUCACCCGCGCGAAGGCCCUGUCCCAAGACGAACACAUCAUUGCCAUAUUUGACGAGAAGACGCUGGUGACAUCGGUUCCCCCCAUGGCGCCCGGCCUCCCCGCAUCCUAUUACGCGGGAAUCUGGAGAGAAAGCUUCGUCCUUGGCCUUGCCUGGACGGUCGAGUAUCCCCUCCUGAGCAAGACGGGUCAUGCCAAUCACUCAAAGUACAAGGAAUAUUGUGCGCCGAGCUGGUCGUGGGCUUCGGUGGACGGUCCCGUAGUCUUCCGACACAUGGAAGUCACCGCCGGCAGGUACACAGAGGGUGACAACCCGCAGUUGAGUUGCGACAUAAAGGUGAGGGGCAUCACGUGCAUCCCGAGAAACGUUGCAAAUCCCACAGGCGGAGUCAUGGAGUCAGCGUCGGUGGUUCUCUCUGGCCUCUUGGCCCCGGUGGACCUGGCUACGCUUCAUGUCAAGGAUGACACAGCGCUCUGGAACUAUACGUGGUACAAUCAAAUGCAAUCACCAGGAGAUGAAAAAGGGAGAUAUAGGGUGACAUCCUUCGCCCGCACGCGGAGGAGGCAGAGCUGGCGGGUGCUCCUGGACGUCGAGCGGCGUCCAACAGUAGAGGAGGGGAGCUCACAUGCCUCCUGCUGGAUGUCCACGAUAGGGCCGGAGGGUGAUUCGGAUUGCUGCCCGGAGGGCGAUUCGGAUUACUGCCGGUGGGACGAGAAGACGCACUAUGCGUGCCUGCGGCUGUAUACAUUCCAGAAGGACAAGCUACACAUAAGAGAGGAGGAACACAAAUGGCUUGGGGUGCAGUCGAUUAUCGGGUUUCUAGUGUUGAGGAGGGUGGCCGGCGCGAGGGAUACUUAUGAGAGGAUUGGCUUUGGGAUCUGGGAUGACUUUGACGGGUUCCAGGAGGGACGUGGGGAAUUCGAACUGUUUUCUGAUGCGAAGGAGGAGACGAUCAAACUGGUCUAA